AAAACAGCCAUGGCGGCUCUAAGCGUACUGAGGGCUGCGGCUGGUCUUGCUGCACGGAUAAACCCAUUUAAACGAGUCAAUCAGUCUGCAGAGCUGCUCUCCAGGGCGGUAGUGCGUUCAGAACAAGUUGCUGUUCGUUAUGGAAGUCACGGCAAGAGAAUGUUUAUCAUCAAACCUACUGACUUCUAUGACAGAAGGUUUCUUAAUUUACUGAAAUAUUACAUCCUGCUCACUGGGAUCCCUGUCGCAGCCUUUGUGACGUUUACUAAUGUUUUCAUCGGUGAGGCUGAGUUGGCUGAAACUCCUGAGGGAUAUGAACCAGAGCAUUGGGAGUACUAUAAGCAUCCCAUUACUAGGUGGAUUGCCAGAAACAUGUAUGACAGCCCAGUGAAGGAUUAUGAGAAAAUGUUGGCUCUUAUCUCCAUUGAAGCUGAGAAGGCUGAAAUGAGAAAUAAACAAAUUGAAGUUCGAAAACAAAUGAGGAACAAAGGAGACGGACCCUGGUUCCACAUUGAGUCGAUCGACAAGAAUCUGAUCGACCAAAGCCCCAAAGCAACACCUGAUAGUUAAACUUUGGUGGUUGUCUGAUACCGCUCACCUGGAACUUGUUCAAAAUGCUGCCGUUAUACAAUGUAUAAUGAACAUUAAUAUUUCUGCAAGUGUGUGUUCUGUUGCUACUGGCACCAAUAAAGUCUAGUAGACCAGUCUAAAUAAUUUAAUUAAAAGAGUGCAAAUGAUGAUAA